AUGAUGGAUUUCCUCAAUUCUGUUCUCGAAUGCCUCACUGGCAAUGCACGCGUAAUGUCAACUGCCAACAAACACAGCGAGAAAACUACAAUUCUCACUCAUACCUCUACCAAACGUUCAAGUGAAGAAAUUGCGAACAACAUCCUUUCCACACUCUUCACAUCCGACAAGGUCGAUGCGUACGUGAAGAAAAGACUAAACGAGAUGGUCGGAGAAUACGGCUGGACCCGAUCCAUCGCGACAGCAAUCCUCCAGCGUAUGAAAAACGCCAUUCAACAAGGAACUGCCAUGGGUCCAACUAUCAAGGACGCGUUCACAAAAGCCACCGACGCAGCCGUCGACUUUGCGCGCGACCAUCCAGUCUACUGCACCAUCGUCACUUUGGGAAUACGGGUCCUUCUUAUGCCCUGGGUGAUCGAGGCAUUGGGGUUCGGAGAGUUGGGACCGAUUGAGGGAACGUUUGCGUCAUGGUGGCAGGCACGAUAA